AUGGAUCCAUACAAGUUUAACAGCUGGAUAAGAAUAUUAAUAGCCUUAUGUUCAACCGGAGCUUAUAUUUUAAUUUCCUUAAUGCUGCCCUUAUUCGUGGCAGUACCUUCUUUCGAUGCAGUGUACGGCAUAUUUUUCGUAGCACCAUACAACGACAAUAAAUACAUAACAUGGUACAAAUUUGAAGAUCAUAUUUGCAAAAAUGGCAAAAGAUAUGAAGACUUAUCUAAAACAAAACACUACGAGAAAAACAUAAGAUCAAAAUUAUGCAAUUCCAUAAACUUUUUGAAGCACUAUUUAUUAAUAGCUUUUAUUGUAGCUUUGAUAAACUUAAUUGUAGUGAAAGGCACACUCAUAUAUGCACAUUUCAGAGAACACCCAGAAACAUCUUCAAUUAAACAUGUAUCUUUUUGCAAUAAAAUAAUGGCAUUAAUUGUGUGCCUCACCCUUACCAACUGCGCCUUGUUUAUAGCCUCAUUUUUCUUCUUUAACUCGGAAAAGGAGUUUGGCAACUCUCAUUAUUUGCAUGCAGGAUUUUACAUUCUGCUUUCCGAUUUUGUCUCUCAUUUUCUAAUUAUCAUUUUUAUAAAAAGGGAUAAGACAAUAUUAAAAUGUGUAUGCGAAUUAGAGCUUUUGCCUUGGGAACAGAAACCCAAAUUGCCAGUUCACAACACACAGUUUAAUGAUACAUUGAUUAGUCCCCACGAGAUAACAAAUUAUCUUCACGUCCUAUUUCAAGACGACAAUUUAAAUGAAGAGAAACUAAAAAACUUUUUUGGCACGAGCAACUAUGAGGAAAUUUAUUAUAUUAUUAUGAACAACAUAAAAGCGAAGAAGGAAAUGAUGAACACUUAUCCAUAA